UGGCCCGGGUUCUGAGGCUUGGGUUCUUGAGGCUUGGGCGGGGAGCCGUGGCAUUAUUCAUAAAGAUACAAGGGCCGUUUCUUUUUGGGUGGGGGUCAUAUCCUCGGGAAACCGAGUCAUCCCGUCCAGCCGCUAGCCCCAAACGGAUCUUGGGGCAAUGGUCCCUCUCUAGGAACCUUGGAAGGUCUGGCCACCCUGCCCCUCUCAGGCGCAGAAAGCCAGCUUUUCCCAGUGCGCUAGGAAGAUUUCAACUCGUCCAGGAAACGAGUUCGGAGGGCAGAACCUGUGCCAGACGCGAGGGUUAGACCGGUGGCCAGAGCCCCUCCUGACCUCCCGACCACCCAUGAAGACCCAGACUUGAGCCGCACAUUCUUCCUCGGAGGGGGGGGGGGGGAGACCGCUGCGCAGUCACGCGCACAUCUCACUCACACGCGUAAGGCUCACGCUCUCCGCCCCGCACACCUGUGCUCCGCCCCUUGGUCCCGGGCCCGCGACGCGUGAAGGCAUUUGGGAACCCGGGACAGUUUCAGAGGUGCCCCCCCAUCCCCUCCAUUUCCCAGGCAGGAGUGGUCCGGAGCCUGCCGCGGCUCUCAACCGGUCCACAUCCUCUGCCAUCCUUCCCUCCCCCCCGUCUGCCGCGGCACCGGUAUCCGCAGCCACCAGCCCGGAGCCGGUGAGGCGACAAAGGGGGGAGGGGGAGGAAGCAAGGGAUGAGCUCCGGGAGGGCAUCGGGGGCCCUGAGCCGGACGAGGACGCCCCUGGAACCGGGACCCGAGCCGGAGCCGGAGACAGAACCAAACCACCGCUGCAGCCCACUAAACCCAGGAGGCGCCCUGGCCCGCGCUCGCCCCCCAGGGCCUCAUGUCGGAACCACAGCCUGGCCUGGAGCCGCCCCAACAUGGGCUGUACAUGCUCUUCCUGCUUGUGCUGGUCUUCUUCCUCAUGGGCCUUGUAGGCUUCAUGAUCUGCCACGUGCUCAAGAAGAAAGGCUACCGCUGCCGCACGUCUAGGGGCUCAGAGCCUGAUGAUGCCCAGCUCCAGCCCCCUGAAGACGAUGACGUGAAUGAGGACACAGUAGAAAGGAUUGUUCGCUGUAUCAUCCAAAAUGAAGCCAAUGCUGAGGCCUUGAAGGAGAUGCUAGGGGACAGCGAAGGAGAAGGGACGGUACAACUCUCCAGCGUGGAUGCCACCUCCAGCCUGCAGGAUGGAGCUCCUUCCCAUCAUCACACAGUGCAUCUUGGCUCUGCAGCUCCUUGCAUCCACUGUAGCCGCAACAAGAGGCCCCCACUUGUCCGUCAGGGUCGAUCUAAGGAAGGAAAAGGUCGCCCCAGGCCUGGAGAGACCACUGUAUUCUCAGUGGGCAGAUUCCGAGUGACACACAUUGAGAAGCGCUAUGGCCUACAUGAACAUCGUGAUGGUUCUCCUACAGACAGAAGCUGGGGCUCUGGUGGGGGGCAGGAACCAGGAGCCAGUCAGGUGGCUGCAGGAGGGCAGCCUAGGACAGGGACAACUGCUACUGAAAGGCUGCUCCCUGAGGAACCACCCUCCCAGGCUGUAGCCACCCACCCAGUGCAGAACGGAGGACUCAAGGAUGACAGCCUAGUCCCUUGUACACUUGAGGGAGCCCCUGGAACCUCUGCAGAACUGAACUUGGGCACUAGAGGAAGAGGCCCAAGUCCAGAACUCCUUAGUCAAGAGGCAAAUGGACAGCCAACCAAAUUGGACACCUCAGGUCAGCAGGUAUGAAGACAUGGUCAGAGAUGCAUUGGGCAAUGGUGGACACACAUCUUCUGUCCCUAUGCUGAGCAACAUUGAUUAUCCACCUCCUCUUCCCACUGAACACUUCCCCUUCUCUCAGGAGUCUCUACCACCAGACGCAGGGGGUAUAUGAGGCGAGUCUCCCUGAGCUCGAGAUCAGGUAAUCUCAUCCUCUCACCUUCUACCUAAACCACCCAAACCCAUCGACUCCCUGAGACCCUGGGGUGAACUACAGGCUUAGUGUGUGUUACAGAUUCCUUGGCUGGUGGUGGGGAGUGGGAGUGGGCAUAGAGGUUCUCCAGGAGUUAGAAAUGGUCUCUGGAGAAUUGGUCAAUCAGAGCUCAAACAGGAAGCAACAAUGUCCCCCUUCCUUUCUUCCAAGCCUCAGUCUUCACUGUGCUGAUGGAUACCAGCAGGCAUUGCCAGGGUAUGGAUAGCCAUGAAGGCUCUCCCCUCCACUGGACAGCACUGCUCCUCAGUUGAGGGACCAGCUCUACUUCUAUCCGGAGUUACAUGGUCCCAGGCUGAGGGACCUCAGGAGGAGCCGCUCCCAAUUCUCAACCCCUCAUUCUUUUUCCUUUCC